AUGGAAGACUAUACCAAAAUAGAGAAAAUUGGAGAAGGUACCUAUGGAGUUGUGUAUAAGGGUAGACACAAAACUACAGGUCAAGUGGUAGCCAUGAAGAAAAUCAGACUAGAAAGUGAAGAGGAAGGGGUUCCUAGUACUGCAAUUCGGGAAAUAUCUCUAUUAAAAGAGCUUCGUCAUCCAAAUAUAGUCAGUCUUCAAGAUGUGCUUAUGCAGGAUUCUAGGUUGUAUCUCAUUUUUGAAUUCCUUUCCAUGGAUCUCAAGAAAUACUUGGAUUCUAUCCCUCCUGGUCAGUUCAUGGAUUCUUCACUUGUUAAGAGUUAUUUGUACCAAAUCCUACAAGGGAUUGUGUUUUGUCACUCUAGAAGAGUUCUCCACAGGGACUUAAAACCUCAAAAUCUAUUGAUUGAUGAUAAAGGAACAAUUAAACUGGCAGAUUUUGGCCUUGCCAGAGCUUUUGGAAUUCCUAUUAGAGUGUAUACACAUGAGGUAGUGACACUCUGGUAUAGAUCUCCAGAAGUGUUGCUGGGGUCAGCUCGCUACUCAACUCCAGUGGACAUUUGGAGUAUAGGUACCAUAUUUGCUGAAUUAGCAACGAAGAAACCACUAUUUCAUGGGGAUUCAGAAAUUGAUCAACUCUUCAGAAUUUUCAGAGCUUUGGGGACUCCUAAUAAUGAAGUGUGGCCAGAAGUGGAAUCUUUACAGGACUAUAAGAGUACAUUUCCCAAGUGGAAGCCAGGAAGCUUAGCAUCCCAUGUCAAAAACUUGGAUGAAAAUGGCUUGGAUCUGCUCUCGAAAAUGUUAAUCUAUGAUCCUGCCAAACGAAUUUCUGGCAAAAUGGCACUGAAUCAUCCGUACUUUAAUGAUUUGGACAGUCAAAUUAAGAAGAUGUAG